UGGUUGGGGAGGAACAGCCAAGCGCAAAAUCUGGGCAUGAGGGGGGAUUGGGAGUGAUCGCGGGAUAGUGUGAGGAGGCGAGUGCGCGGACCUGGAUGUGAAUCUCAGGAAAGGUCUGUGAUUGCUCCCAGUCCCACAAAGCCUACAGAGCCUCACAUAGACCACCACACGCCACCCCCGGUAAGAGAACACGCGGCUAUGGGGAGAUCUGUGCAGACCCCCGGAGCCCUCCCUUCCAGAGCCCUCCCUUCCUCCACCUCCCAAGCCACCAGGCCCUGGGGCAGUACGCGCCGGGCGGGGCGGGGGCGGGGCGGGUGUCGGGCGGCGCCAGCCCAAAAGGCGGAGUCGAGCAGCAAAGAGGCCAGACUUGUGAUCGCGGUGCCUACUGUACCGUGGAGAGGCCAGUGGGAACCCUACACUACGGAGCUCUCGGCCCAGCCCGGCCCGGCCCCACGCUAUGGAGUUCCUUUGGGCCCCUCUCUUGGGUCUGUGCUGCAGUCUGGCCGCUGCUGACCGCCACAUCGUCUUCUGGAACAGUUCAAAUCCCAAGUUCCGGGAGGAGGGCUACACCGUGCACGUGCAGCUCAAUGACUACCUAGACAUCAUCUGCCCACAUUACGAGGAGGACUCUGUGGCCGAGGCUGCCAUGGAGCGCUAUACACUGUAUAUGGUGGAGCAUCAAGAGUAUGUGGAAUGCCAGCCCCAGUCCAAGGACCAGGUCCGUUGGAAAUGCAACCAACCCAGUGCAAAACAUGGCCCAGAGAAGCUAUCUGAGAAAUUCCAGCGCUUCACGCCUUUCACCUUGGGCAAGGAGUUCAAGGAAGGACACAGCUACUACUACAUCUCCAAACCUAUCUACCACCAGGAAACCCAGUGCUUGAAGUUGAAGGUGACUGUCAAUGGCAAAAUCACUCAUAGUCCUCAGGCGCAUGUCAACCCCCAAGAGAAGAGACUUCUAGCAGAUGACCCGGAGGUGCAGGUUCUGCAUAGCAUUGGUCACAGUGCCGCCCCCCGCCUCUUCCCCCUAGUCUGGACUGUGCUGCUCCUGCCACUGCUGCUGCUGCAAACUCAGUGAAGGCAUAUGCUUCACCUGGCUUAAGGAUUGGAGUUGGGCAAGGGGCAGGGAGAAGCACCCCAAAGCUCGGCCCUGGGAACCUCUCCCACCACACGCACAAGCUGCCACUUGUGCACAAGAAGCCUCUGGAGGUUCAGUAUUAAGGGUUUCAACCCAAAGGAGUUUCAUCGCCUGACUGUGCCAUCCCUGCCUCGACUUCAGAGGGAUGGAGAAGGAAGUGGGGAAGGCCUUUUCCCUUCCGUUUCUACCUUUAAGCCAAAGAAACAGCUGUGCACACCCGGCCCAUUAAGAGGGCCCAAUGGGAGAUGAGCAGGAAGAGCCUGUGCUCAUGCAGCUGGACUCUGAACUUGGUAAAGACGUUCUUCGCCAAGAAAGCCAUGAUGUCCAGACUGAAGGAAAAGCUUGAGACAGCUUCCUGCAUGGGAGCCAGGUACAGGAGAGGCAGCAUGACCCAGCAGCUCGGCAAGAUUUCUACCUGCUAGGCUGCCAGAGAGGUUUGUAGCCAGGCACUGACUGCGUCUUCCCCAUCCCAGGGGUAGCAUUCCUUGUUGCUGUGCCAACAGGAGGACUAUAUCAGCCUGGCUUUAGAGUAUAGCUGUAAGGGCAGUGCCCCUGUGUACAGUCUGUGUAGAGUGUAGCUUAAAGGGCAGGACCCACAUGUACAGUGUCUGUAUAGAAAAUGUGCUGUGUCUGCUCAUUUCUAAAACUGGAGGGCUUUUUUAUAUAAUGUUCUUGAAUUCAGAAUAAAGUAAUGUUUUUGUUUUUUUA